AUGUCGCCCACCUCCUUUGAUUGGUGGAGGAAAGAGACACACAGGGGGACUCCCGUGGUCGUCAAGAUGGAGAACCCUAACAACUGGUCAAUGGUGGAGCUUGAAGCCCCAUCUGAGGACGAUUUCUUGAACGACGGCGUUUCGUCAGACGUCAAAGGCCGUAACAAGAACGCUAAGCAGCUCACGUGGGUCCUCCUCCUCAAAGCCCACCGCGCCGCUGGCUGUAUCACCUCCAUUGCCCCAGCUACAUUCUUCCUCGCCUCUGCCGUCCGCCGCCGUCUCUCCUCCGGUCGCACCGACACUCUUCCUACUUCUACACGUUUUUAUUCUUGUAUAAAGGUCUUCCUUUGGCUUUCCAUUUUACUACUAGGGUUUGAGCUAGCUGCCUAUUUUAAAGGUUGGCAUUUCGGAGCUCCGGAUCUACAUUUACAAUAUUUGUAUACAUUAACAAACCCAUUUGCGUUCAAGGGUUUCUUUGAUUCAAUAUAUUCGAGAUGGGUUGUGAUUCGGGUCGAAUAUCUUGCUCCUCCGCUCCAGUCGUUAGCAAAUGCUUGUAUCUAUCUCUUCCUCAUACAGAGUUUGGAUAGAUUAGUGCUCUGUUUGGGUUGUUUUUGGAUUCGUUUCAAGAAGAUCAAACCCCUCGCCAAACAAACCCUACCCGAUCUUGAAUCCGGUGAUGGUGAUGGGUUUUUUCCUAUGGUUCUUGUCCAGAUCCCCAUGUGUAACGAAAAAGAGGUGUAUCAGCAAUCAAUUGGGGCGGUGUGUAAUUUAAAGUGGCCAAAAUCAAAGAUUUUAAUUCAAGUUUUGGAUGAUUCUGAUGACCCAACAACGCAAUCUUUGAUCAGAGAGGAGGUUCAUAAAUGGAAACACGAAGGUGUGAAUAUUGUUUACAGGCACCGAGUGAAUAGGGAGGGGUAUAAAGCUGGUAAUCUCAAGUCUGCUAUGAAUUGUAGUUACGUUAAAGAUUAUGAAUUUGUCGCCAUCUUUGAUGCUGAUUUCCAACCCAAUCCCGACUUCCUCAGAAAAACAGUUCCCCAUUUUAAGGAUAAUGAGGAACUGGGAUUGGUACAAGCAAGGUGGUCAUUUGUAAACAGGGAUGAGAAUCUGUUAACAAGAUUGCAACAUGUUAACUUAGCUUUCCAUUUUGAGGUGGAACAGCAAGUUAAUGGGAUUUUCUUGAAUUUUUUUGGAUUCAAUGGGACUGCCGGAGUUUGGAGGAUUAAGACUUUGGAGGAUUGUGGAGGAUGGUUGGAGAGGACGACGGUGGAGGACAUGGAUAUUGCUGUUAGAGCCCAUCUUCAUGGAUGGAAGAUGAUAUUUCUAAAUGAUGUUGAGUGCCAGUGUGAAUUGCCUGAAUCAUAUGAAGCUUACAGGAAGCAACAACAUAGAUGGCAUUCUGGGCCAAUGCAGUUGUUUAGGCUCUGCUUGCCGGAUAUCAUCAAAUCAAAGAUUAGCAUUUGGAAGAAAGCAAACUUGAUAUUUCUAUUCUUUCUGCUAAGAAAACUGAUCCUACCAUUUUACUCCUUCACUUUGUUUUGCAUAAUUCUCCCAAUGACGAUGUUUGUGCCGGAGGCUACUCUUCCAGCAUGGGUUGUUUGCUACAUCCCUGCCACCAUGUCGUUUCUGAACAUCCUCCCAUCUCCAAAAUCUUUUCCCUUUAUUGUCCCUUACCUCCUGUUUGAAAACACAAUGUCUGUAACGAAAUUCAACGCGAUGAUAUCAGGGCUUUUCCAACUAGGAAGUGCAUACGAGUGGGUGGUGACCAAGAAAUCUGGACGGUCCUCUGAAGGUGAUCUAGCAGUGUUAAUUGAGAAAGAAGAAGAAAAGGGAGAGGGUGAGUUGGUAGAAGAGGUGAAAGAGAAAGAGAAAGAGGAAGAGAGGAAGAAGAAGCAUAAUAGGAUAUAUAGAAAGGAAUUGAUGCUGGCUUUUCUUCUGUUAACAGCUUCAGCUAGAAGUCUUCUAUCUGCUCAGGGAAUCCAUUUCUACUUCUUGCUGUUUCAAGGAUUGUCGUUUUUACUGGUUGGGUUCGAUUUGAUCGGUGAGCAGAUUGCUAAUUAAUUAAUCAAAAUUAAUUUGAGUAGAUAUUGUUGAACCCAGAAUUUGAACUGUAACAACUUUGUAUUCUGGGAUUCUUUUGUUUGUUUUGGGCAAUUCUUUUGUACCAAGUGGGGUUCCACGUUUAUUAGCUGAAUCUUGAUGUAUAUUAUUUAGCAGCUUAAUUUAAUUUCUUUUACUC